AUGCCUGGUGCUCCUUGUCCUCAGCAGCUCGCCACUGGAGCAAAGGAUGGCUGGGCAGAGUCCUCACACCGCUGCUUUCCUCUCCUGCAGGUGCCGUGCUGGGGCCACCUACGCUCUGUUCCCAAGCUGCUUUCCCGCAGAAAGCGAGUCCCAGCCGGCUCCGAGGGCUCCAGCCUCCGCCGCUGCCUCUCCACCGUGGAUCUGGCUGCCUUGGGAGUGGGCAGCACGCUGGGGGCUGGUGUCUACGUCCUGGCAGGGGAGGUGGCCAAGAGCAGCUCUGGCCCGAGCAUCGUCCUGUCGUUCCUGAUUGCAGCUGUGGUGUCUGCCCUGGCAGGGCUGUGCUACGCCGAGCUGGGGGCCCGCGUGCCCCUGGCUGGCUCUGCCUAUCUCUACAGCUACGUGACGGUGGGCGAGCUCUGGGCCUUCCUGGCUGGGUGGAACCUGCUGCUCUCCUAUGUCAUUGGUACUGCCAGCGUUGCCCGGGCCUGGAGCGCUACCUUUGACCAGCUCCUUGGCAAGAAGAUGGGGAGGUUUUUGGGUGCUCAUGCAGCCAUGGGCUCUGUGGGGCUGGCAGAGCACCCAGAUGCCUUUGCUGCUGGCCUGGUGGUCCUGCUGGCAGCGCUUCUUUCCUUUGGAGUGAAGGAGUCCACCAUGGUCAACAAAGCUUUCACAGCUCUCAACGUGCUCGUCCUGCUCUUUGUCACAGUGAGUGGCUUCAUCAAAGGCCACAUCAGCAACUGGAAGCUCAGGGAGGAUGACCUGCCACAGGCAGCUGCCCAGGAGGCUGGGAACCAAUCCAUGGACAGCAACAUGACCAGUGCCUUUGGGGUGGGAGGCUUCAUGCCCUAUGGUUUCACUGGGACCUUGGCUGGAGCCUCUGCCUGUUUCUAUGCCUUUGUUGGAUUUGACUGCAUUGCUACCACAGGGGAAGAAGUGAGGGACCCACAGAGAUCCAUCCCCUUGGGCAUCAUUCUCUCCCUCCUCAUCUGCUUCCUGGCCUACUUCGGGGUGUCUGCUGCCCUCACCCUGAUGAUGCCCUACUACCUCCUGGACACCACGAGCCCACUGCCAGUGGCUUUUGAGUACAUUGGCUGGAGCAGUGCAAAGUACGCCGUGGCUGUGGGGUCACUGUGUGCCCUGACCACCAGCCUCCUGGGCUCCAUGUUCCCCAUGCCAAGGAUCCUGUAUGCCAUGGCUCGAGAUGGGCUCCUCUUCCAGCCUCUGGCCAAAGUCAGUCGCCGUCAGUGCCCGGUGGUGGCAACUCUGGUGUCUGGGGCAGUGGCAGCUCUGCUGGCCCUUCUCUUUGACCUGAAAGCCCUGGUGGACACCAUGUCCAUUGGCACACUGCUGGCCUACUCGAUGGUGGCUGGCUGUGUGCUGCUGCUCAGGUAUCGGCCUGAGCCCAGCCCUUGGGACACUCCUGUGGGGAAGGUCCCAGCUGUGCAGCUCUGGUGGAACCACCUGGUCCAGCCGCCCCCCCAUCCCACCCCUCGCUCCUCUGCUGUGGUGGUCUGGGCUCUGACAGCUGCAGCCGCCCUGGCCUGUGCCCUGAGCUGGGUGAGCACUGCUGGGCUGCCCUGCCUGCAGGCUGGGGGUGCCUGGUGCAUCACAGCUCUGGCCCUGCCUCUCCUGGGGAUCCUGGCAGCAGCUCUUCUCAUCUGGAGGCAGCCUCAGAGCCAGGACAAAGCAUCCUUCAUGGUUCCCUGCCUGCCCUUCCUGCCUCUGCUCAGCAUCUCCAUCAACGCCGUGCUGCUGGCCCGGCUCAGCGCGGCCGCCUGGCUGCGGUUCCUGCUCUGGAUGGCUGGGGGUUUCCUCAUUUACUUUGGCUAUGGGAUCUGGCACAGCACUGAGAGCCACUGGCCUGAAGGGACAGGUCCCCAGGGGGGAAGCAGAGCCAGGGAGGUGGCCCUGGAGCCCUGUGGGACUGCCCUGUGCCCAUCUGCUCCAGGGCAAUAAAAGGGGAUGGCUAGUUCCUGGGUGCCUGGCUCCCUCCAUCCUGUGCCCAGGGGGCAAGGAAGCCCCUUGGGCUGUGGGUCCUGUCCCACAGAGGUGGCCAGCCCUGCCAGAGCUGCAGGAGCUGCUGCCCCAAAUCUGGUGAACCUUCCUGAGCAACCCAAAUCCUCACACUGAGCCCCUGCAGACAGAGUUCUGUUUGGAGAGGAUAAAGCACACAAGUGUUUUUGCUGCUCUUACUGGGCUGUGUUUUUGGUUUUCCUUUGAAAUCUUCCCCUGCAGUCUCCCACAGGCCCCUUGCCCUUGCCCACCCUGUUCCUUCAGCUGCUCACAAUGAGGUGGAGGCUUCUUGUGCUGCCCUGACCGUCAUUUUCACCUGGGCACCCUGCUUGAGCUGACCUGUCAUCCCCCCCAUGACUGCCAAGGUACUGCCUGGCCCAGGCUUUCCCCCCUUCAUAGUGGCCAAGUCCUUUUCUGCACUCAUUUAUUCCUCCUCCUCAAUUCCCAGUGUCCCCUUUCCCAGAGUCGGGCACAUUCUUCCAAGUCCCACGCAGGAUCUGCCUUUGGGGCUCUGGGACAUGGUACCAGAUGUCCAGAGAAGGAUCCCAGAACCCACCAGCCUCAAAUCCCUUUGUCCAGAAAUCCUGAUCCCUUCAGCCAUAACCAGGCAGGAUUUGCUGGGCUCUCCCCUGCUUUGGUGCUGCAGCACCUGUGGGAGGCACAAUGAUGUGUGGAGCAGAGGGUGCCCUGGUGGGACAUGGUUCUGACACAACAGACUCCCCAUUUCCCCCUCUAGCCACCCCAUGGAAGUUUGUGGGUCAGAGCUGGACCCCACAUCCAUGUUGCCUUCCUGGCUGCCCAUUCAGCUGCUGCAUUUCUGAUUAGGGUCAGCACAAAGGACGGAAGUGGCUGAUGCAGUGAUGCUGGGAGGGUCCAGGUCCGGGUCUGCCCUGAGCUGGGAGCCCAUUGAAAUGAAGGAAAAGAGGGAAGGAGCAGGAAAAUGGGGAUUAGCCUUAAGGGCCUCAUCUGGAGUUUCCUUGUUGAGUCUUUGUGGUACAAGCUCCCUCCCUUCCCCUUCUUCCCACUGUAUGGGGUGUGGAGUGCACAGCCCCACUCUGGGACACUCGUGCACCAGUCCCCCAAACCCCUGACAUGGGAUUCCUGAGGCUGCUGCUUCUUACAGAUCUGUAAUCAUUACAGCCAGCAGCACCUUGGCUGGUGCACACACACCCACACUCACCCACACACACAUGUACA